AUAACAAAAGAGCAGGCUUCCCGUUGUAUCUCGCGAUCGAGGCCUUAGAAAAGUCACGGAGCGUCUAUAAAUUCGGUGAUUUCGACGGAUCUGGCGAACAGCCUUCCUGUACAGCCGACGGCAUCACGAAACAAUGAGCGAGACAGCUAUUUCAUUCGCCAAGGACUUUUUAGCCGGCGGGAUCGCCGCUGCGAUCUCCAAGACUGCUGUAGCCCCCAUAGAAAGAGUCAAGCUGCUCCUUCAGGUCCAGCAUGCCAGCAAACAGAUCACAGCAGACAAACAAUACAAAGGUAUUAUUGAUUGUGUAGUACGUAUUCCCAAGGAGCAGGGCUUCGUGUCUUUCUGGAGAGGCAACUUGGCCAACGUCAUUAGGUACUUCCCAACACAGGCUCUCAACUUCGCUUUCAAGGACAAGUACAAGAAGAUUUUUCUGGACGGUGUUGACAAGCGUACCCAGUUUUGGAGGUACUUUGCUGGUAACCUCGCCUCUGGUGGUGCUGCUGGAGCCACGUCUCUGUGCUUUGUCUACCCCCUUGACUUUGCCAGAACUCGUUUGGCUGCUGAUGUCGGAAAGGCUGGUGCAGAGAGAGAAUUCUCAGGCCUUGGAAACUGUUUAGUAAAGGUCUUCAAGUCUGAUGGCCUGAAGGGUUUGUAUCAGGGCUUCAACGUGUCCGUGCAAGGCAUCAUCAUCUACAGGGCGGCUUACUUCGGCAUCUAUGACACCGCAAAAGGCAUGCUGCCUGACCCAAAGAACACUCAUAUUGUGGUCAGCUGGAUGAUUGCUCAGACAGUCACUGCCGUCGCUGGUCUCACAUCGUAUCCCUUUGACACAGUACGUCGUCGUAUGAUGAUGCAGUCUGGACGUAAAGGAGCUGACAUAAUGUACAGCGGCACUAUUGACUGCUGGAGGAAGAUUGCACGUGAUGAGGGAAGCAAGGCCUUCUUCAAGGGUGCCUGGUCCAAUGUGCUCAGGGGCAUGGGUGGAGCCUUCGUCCUGGUUCUGUACGACGAGCUCAAGAAGGUCAUGUAAACACUAUAGUGAAGAAGAAACUUCGGCUGUGUAUUAUGUGAAUGGACUCCUCCUUUACUCGUGAGGCCUGACUAGUGUUGCAAUACUAGUUAUAUAAAAAAUUAUUUUAGUUAUUAAAAAAAUGUUUCUUUUAUAUGUUUCCUCUCUUUUCAACUUGUCACUGGUCACUUUUUAGUUAUCAUAGCCGUUUUCCAGUUUGUCUGUUUUUAAUGAAGACUUAAAUAAAGUCAACCCACUGAAACUUCA